UUAAAAAGUCCUAAAGACUAAUCAUCCUAUAUAUGAUUAGUGAAAGCACAUCUCAAAGUCUCAAAGAGAAAUAAACAAACACAAAGAUGCUUGAGUUCGGAGCAAUAUGGGCUUUCACCAGUACGACUAUGGCGAGUCUUAUGUUCCUAUGGCCAAUGUAUAAACAGUUUGUGCCAUACCAAGUCCGAAACUACUUGGAGAAAACCUUGCAGAAGUAUUUGGACAAGUUUUUCGGCACGACUUCGAAUUUUGUUUGCAUCAAAUUCCCUGAAUACACAGGAGAAGGUCUAAGUAAAAGCCGCGCCUACGAUGAUAUACGCAACUAUUUAUCCUCGAGAUCAACUGCUAGGGCCAAGAGAUUAAAGGCCAAAGAAUCGAAAAACAGCAAAUCGUUGGUUCUGUGUUUGGACGAUAACGAGGCAGUUGUAGAUGUGUUCCAAGGUGUGAAGGUGGUGUGGUCUUUGUUCGUGGAAGAUAAAGAGAAUCAAUCUGUUUCGAAGGUGGGAAGAUACUUGACUCUGAGUUUCGACAAUCACCAUAGAGAGAUGAUCACUGAGACUUAUAUUGACCAUGUUUUGAGAGAAGGGAAAGAGAUUGCGUUGAAGAACAGAGAGAGGAAGCUCUACACUAACAAUCACCGUCAUGAUUAUACCUCUAUGAGGGAUGGAAGAUGGAGCAACGUUCCUUUUAAUCAUCCUGCGACAUUCGAGACUUUGGCCAUGGAUCUUGAUAAGAAAGAAGAGAUUAAAAAGGAUUUGAUUAAGUUUAGUAAAGGGAAAGAAUAUUAUAGGAAGGUUGCAAAGCCAUGGAAGCGCGGUUAUCUCUUGUUUGGACCUCCCGGGACAGGGAAAUCGACGAUGAUAUCUGCAAUGGCUAAUUUCUUGGAUUAUGAUGUGUAUGAUCUUGAGUUGACGACAGUGAAAGAUAACGCGGAGUUGAAGAAGUUAAUGUUGGACACAAAAGGGAAGUCUAUUGUCGUGAUUGAAGAUAUUGAUUGUUCGCUUGAUUUUACGGAACAUAGAAAGAAAAAGAAGGAGGAUGAUGAGGAUGAAGAGGAGAAGAAGAAAGCUGAGAAUUUGAAAAGACUAAGAGAUCAGAAAGAGAGCAAUGUUACUUUGUCGGGGUUAUUGAACGCCAUUGAUGGGUUAUGGUCAGCUUGUAGUGAUGAGAAGAUCAUAGUGUUCACAACAAAUUUUGUUGAUAAUCUUGAUCCAGCAUUGAUACGUAGAGGAAGAAUGGACUACCAUAUUGAGAUGUCAUAUUGCAGAUUUGAAGCUUUUAAGGUUUUGGCUAAGAACUACUUGGAGAACGAGUCACAUGACUUGUAUGGAGAAAUCGGGAGAUUGCUAGAGGAAGUCGACGUGUCUCCGGCUGAUGUUGCUGAGAAUUUGAUGCCGAAAUCUGAUGAAGACGAUGUAGAUAUUUGUCUUAGGCGUUUGGUUAAGUCUUUGGAGGAAGAGAAGAAGAAGAAAGUAGAGAAGGAAGCGAGGAGGAAGGAGAAGAAAGCAGAGAAAAAAGAGAAGAAGGAGAUACAAAAGAAAGUGAAGGGCGCCGAGGAAAACGGUAAAAAGAUUUGAGUUUGUCGAUACAUAGAACUAUUUUGUAGAAUAAGAAUAUGAGUUGGUUUAGUUCAUCAAAUAAACUGAAUGUUGAAACAGUUUAUCAAAUAUACCAAAUGUUGUAAUGAUUUA